AUGUAAAAGUACUUGAUUAAAUCAUUUAAAGGUCUAGAUAUUUUUGGAUCGGAUAUAAGUUUAAAUUAUAAAAACGAUAAUCUUUUUAGAACUGCUUUUGGUGGGGUGGUAAUUACCUUGGUAUCUAAAACACAAAUUACUUUUAUUGAAUCAGUUCAAUAUGAUACUGAUCCAGGAGUAUUAUAAGUAGGGAAACAAAAUUUCAUGAUUGCUGUAAAAAAUGAUUAGCAAAAUUUUAUUAGCAAACCUCAAUAUAAUAUAACUUUUGAAUGGAGACACUACUAAAGAUUUUAAAAUGGGACAUACAUAUAAAAAAAAUAUCCUUUACAGCUAGAACCUUGUACAAUAGAUCAUUUUUCAGAUAUUCCUUCGAAACAAAUAAAUUGGACAUAAGUUUUUAUAGAAGAAAACAUAAAUGAUUUCCUUUGUUUAAAAAAGGGUGAGGUUUUUAAUAUUGGAGGAGCUUUUUCAAGCAAUGAUUUUUAUCAUUUAAGGUUUUCUGUAGUAAGUUGUGUAAAUCAAACAAAUUGGCCAAGUAGCACAGCUUGGUAACCAGUUUGUGAUACCCCUUAAAAUAUAAAGGCAAGUCAAAGUAAAUCAACUAGAGUUAAUUUUUUAUUAACAAAUAUGCAGCUUAAUCCAGAGAAGACUUAAAAUCAUGCAUAAUCUUUUAUUAGCUCGCUAAUAUUUUCAUUUUAACCUCAGCAAAUGUAUACAACUGCUAAUUUGAACAUUAAUUAAUAAAUAAUAAAUACUGAUCAAAGUUUAAUUCCAGUUUCAGAUAUAAAUUAAGAAAGCUAUACGAUUUACUAAAACAAUGAUUAUACUUAAUCUUUCUAAGUUGGAAACUUUACUAAUUAUUGCGAUAUUUAUUUUAUCAGAAGCUUUUUUACUACAACAUAUAAUCGUUAGUACUUAAAGGUAGAUGAAGUUAUAAGCUAUAUCGGGGGAUUUUGCUAAAUAUUUCUCCUUAUUUCAGCAAUUAUUGUUCAUUUUUAUAACCAUUAUGUUUAUACUUUUGAGCUUGCUAAUAGAUUGUAUGACUUCGAUAUAAAAAGGAAAAAAAAAGAUUAAAAGAAAUAAAAUGAAUAAAAUAAGAUUGAAAAAUAUUAAAUAAAUAUAACUGAAGCAGAUUAAAAUCAAUAAAUGACUACUAUGGCUGAUGAAUAAAAUAAAAUAAUGAAAAGUCCUUUUCGGCCAAAGAUAAAAGACUUUUAAAGAAUCAAAAGCUUAAACUAAGAUGGAAGGAUAUUAACAAGAGAAGAUGCUGGUUUAAUUCCUCUUGAUUAAAUACAAAAAAUGUUAGAGAAAUAAAAUGUUACAAACAUAAUAAAAAAUGAUAAUUCUAAAGACAAAUUAUAGGAAUAAAAUAAAAUAAUUGGCUUAAAUCCAAAAGAGUAAAAUUUUAAAAAUAAAAAAUUUGGUGAUAAUUUAGGAUUAGAACUGAAUACCAAAGAUAAUUUAUUGAUUAACAAUCCAGAUUACACAAAUCACUUAGAAUAGUAAAAAGAGAACAACAAUAAAUAAAAUCUUGUUCAAGACAAUAUUUUUUGCAAAAAUAAUAAUUAAGGCUUUAAUUAAGAGUGCGAACUUGACAUUGAAAGGCUAAAUGAAAAUAAUACUGAUAUUUAAACACGAAAAUAAACAAUUGUUGAUCAAUAUAUGGCUAGUCCUUAAUUGGAUAGGUUGAACAAUUAACUUUUAAUAUCAGACAGUAAUCAGUUACUGCAAAAUAAUUAGAAUUUCCUAUUAGAAAAAACUGGGAAUUAAAAUUACUCAAAACUUAAUAAGAAAAGGUCUACAAGUUCAAAUCUUCAGAUAAAUUCAUCACCAACUAACUAAAAUACAUUAUUAUUUAAUGAAAAUUUUAGAAGUCUUACAUAACAGUCAAAUAAAAUAACUAAUCCUAAAACUCCUCAGUCUUCAUUAAAACCAAUAUUUGGAGAAUCCGAAAAAAAAGAAUUCUUAGACAGAGAAUUGAAAUUUUUAUUAUUAAGAGAGAGAAGUCUUCACUUUAACUUGAAAUUCUUUUUAAAUAAAAUUACUUGUGGUAAAUUUUUUAACUCAGAUGAAAUAUAACUUCUAAAUAAAGCAGAAUAUCACAUUAGAGAGGAUUUAGAUAUUUUUAAUAUUUUAGACAGGCUAAAAGAAAUAGAAAAACUAAAGAAUUUGUUCUUUAACCCAGAGCAAUAAACGCUUUUUAAUUUCUUUCCUAAACCAGUUAUUAGUAUUGAUUCAUAAAGUGAUGUUAUAGAUAGGAAAGCGUUACUAACUGAAUUAGAAUAAAACUAAAAAGAAAAACCUUUAAGAAAAAGCACAAAUAAAAUACGGGUUUCUUUAAAAAAUAUUGCUAUUGUUAGCAAAGCUAUCGCUAAGUUUAAAAGUUCAACAAAAAAAAAUUAGUUUUCUCAUUACCAGAAGCUUUAUAGCUGCUAUGAAAAGUUAAUAGAAGAGGAUAGAAACGACUAAAUGAAUAACAAACUGAUUGAUUUAAUAGGGGAUGAAAUAAAAACAAUUUUUUAACUUGCAAGAUUAAUGAAAAAAAAAUCAAAGGGAAAUCUAAAUUAAAGCUUUAAUUCUUAGUUAAUUUAUUAAAAUAGAUAAUCUUAAAAUAUUGAAGCGAGUAGAUUUAUUAAAGAAAAAGAACGUCAAUCAACUUUUGCACAAAAUAAUCAACAAACACAUUCUGAUUAAAAAUCUACCUAUUAAAAUGAAAGUAUUAGAAAUUCAGAUAAAAUUAUAAGCGAAUAAAAAAUUUAACACACUGAAACCCCUUCAAAGGAAUAAAUUUCAGAAUCUCCGUAAAACAAAAUCUCAAACUAAGAAGUUUAGUAAGAUGUUAUAGUAUUUGACUUGCAAGAAGAUGAUUUGUCUUCAAUAAAAGAAAAUUGA